AUGCUCGGGAGACAACCAAGACAGUCAGUCUUCAAGAAAGAAAUAUCAAAACAAGCCGGAAACUAUCUCCGGAGCGGAUUCCAUACUCAUUCAACCAAUUCUCGCAUGUUACAUAGAUCACGUGCACACCUUUCACGGCCUAAAAUGUUCUGCCACAUGGCGAAACAGUACAACUCACCUCCCUCUACUCUCUACACUCGAAACAACAAAUCCAAAACACCAAAAAUGUCCGCCCCCAACUCCGGCCGCCAGUCUCCUCCCCCGGAGAAACAAACCGGCGCCCAGCAACAGGACCCCGUUGCCUCGGGUCACACCCAGCAUGGCAUCCAUGGUGAUUCUAAGGGAGCGUCGGAGGAUACUAAGCUCCAUGGACUCGAGAGUAACCCGAAACAUCCCUUGGAGGAUAUCGAGGCGAAGAAGUUUGAGAAGGGGACGGGGAAUUAA